UUAAAAUGGAUGACAACUCGUCCCUAAAUUCAAGUUGUAGCUCUGAUUUUGACGCUGCAGAAACGUUUGCUGCUUCAUUAGUGGAUCAGGUUGACAGUGAAUCUGUAAGGAAUAUGGUGGCCGUGCAGAGAGACAUGCUUUCCAGGUUUGAGAAAACCAAUGAGAUGCUUAUCAAUUUCAACAUACUGUCAGCAAAUAGAUUUUCCAUCACCAGCAGUCAAUUCAGAAGACAUACACAACUCUUGUAUGAUAUGAAAAAGGAUUUAGACACCAUUUUUAAAAGAAUAAGGGUUAUAAAGCAAAAACUUGCGAAGUCACAUCCUGAAGCUUUCAAAGUAUUGAAAACUUCAAGCCCUCUGAUGGAGGAUGAGGAGGAGGAACUGGAGACAGAGGAACCGUCACCAUCUCCCCACGGACACACGAGUGCACCAACACAGUCACAUACAGACACAACUGGUGAAAGUUCUCAAAAUGUUGACAAUCAAGGUGAUGUUAACACAACCCCUGAAACUAUUCAUUCAGUUUUGAGAACUGAAAAUGUGACUAUUCAAUGAGAUGGCACAGAAAGAUUCUAGAAUUUUAGCUAGUUAAGUUUUAUUUUUUAAACAAAGUUGUGCUUCAGCUUGAUUUAAUAGAAAAACUAAGUUUUCAAAAAUGAAAGGAAAUAAUGCAAAAACAUUAACUCUAUCUUUAAAUCAAUAAUGCUGACGCUUUCAAUGAGUUCAUGGUGACUGAACUUUUUUUGUUCAGAACUUUCAAUGGAUACUCUAGCACAGUUCUGUGGUAAAGCUUAAAUUUUCAAAUAAUUAUUACUUUGUGAUAUAUUUAUGUUAAGUGCAAUAAACUUUAUGAACUUUUG